AUGAAGGAUAUAGGUCCAGUAAAAACUUGUUUGGCUAUAGAAUUUCACCAAGAUCUCAAAAAGCACAGUGUGUUUCUAAAUCAACGUGAGUAUGCAGAACAAAUUUUAAAACGUUUUAAUAUGGAGGACUACAAAUCAGUUAAAACUCCACCAGAAUUCAACGCUAAACUAGAAAAACCCGCUGCACGUGAAGAAAAUGAAAUGAAAAAAUAUCCAUAUCAAAGUGUGAUGGGUGCCUUAUUAUACUUGGCUGUUACAACGCGUCCUGACUUGGCUUCCAGCAUUAAUUUUUUGAGCCAGUUCAAUUCGAACUACAACAAAACUCAUUGGAAGGCAGCUAAACGUGUUUUAAGGUACUUAAAAGGUACAAUAAAUUACGGCAUAUUCUACGAAGAAGGAAAUGCAAAAUUGUAUGCAAUUGCUGACGCGGAUUUGGGCACGAAUAUGGCUGAUAAGCGAUCGAGUAGCAAUAUCGAGGAAGGCACGCAAUCAGAGGACUGUUUCACUGUCGAACACUGA